AUGAACAUGGAAAACGACUUGAAGGAAGAACUGAAUAGAAGAAUGAGAACAGCAUGGGCAGCAUUCGCAGCCGUCAGGGAAGCUACGGACCAACUGACAGACCAAGAUCUUCGUGCCCAUCUGUUCGACUCGACAGUCCUUCCAGCGCUCUGCUACGCAGCGGAGACGUGGGCCGACACCGCGGCCACGUCUAGGAAGCUACUUACCACCCACAGAUCCCUUGAGAGAUGUCUCCUGAAGUUUAACCAGUGCACACAACACCUAGCCGGUCUUCGUAGCUCCGACUUAAGAGGAAUGUCCCGUCUUCGCGACGCAGCGGAAUAUGUAUCGAAAGCAAAACAUAGAUGGGCCGGUCACAUCAUGAGAAGAAUCGACGAUAGAUGGACUAGAAGAACGCUAGAGUGGAUCCCAAGGGACGCUAAACGAACCCGAGAAAGACCGCCAACGAGAUGGGGUUACGUGUUCGCUACACGGAUGGACCAGCUGAGAGCUCAGCUGGAUACGGCUCAAGGACCUCGUCAGCAUAACUCACGAAGCUUGGGAACAUCUUGGAUGACAAUGGCGAGGGACGAAACGAGUGGAAGAGAUGCUGGGGCCCGCACGCUCCAGUGA